GAAUUCGUUAUUAUUUUUCUUUCAAAUGUAAUUAUCAUUUAAGCAGACGUUAAGAGCGUCUUCCCCCAAAAUCUAGCUGAUUCAGACUCUGAAUCAGACCAUUUGCCAAGGCUCCAAAUCCUUGGUUUCGAAUUUCAGAACUCGUAACUCUCGAUUCUUACUUCAAGUAUCAGAAUUUGUGGUCUUUUUCGAUAUCGUAGUACUUUUAGGGUUUACUACGUAGAAUUUAGUGUCUCUCUUUCGGACUCGAUUCGUCGGAGAAGAUGAGUAGUAAGAAGGUAGAAGAGCGGAACGAGAAGAUCAUUCGAGGUCUCAUGAAGCUUCCUCCCAAUCGAAGAUGCAUCAACUGUAAUAGCCUGGGUCCUCAGUAUGUAUGCACAAAUUUUUGGACUUUUGUUUGUAUAACAUGCAGUGGGAUACAUCGUGAAUUUACUCACCGUGUGAAGUCAGUAUCCAUGGCUACAUUCACAUCCCAAGAGGUUGAAUCUCUUCAGGAAGGUGGCAAUCAGCGUGCAAGGGAAAUUUAUUUAAAGGACUGGGACUUACAAAGGCAGAGAUUGCCUGAUAGCAGUAAUGUUGAUAAAAUCCGAGAGUUUAUAAAGAAUGUUUAUGUGGAUUGCAAGUAUGCUGGAGGAAAGACCUCUGACAAGCCUCCUCAAAAUAUGCAGAACCUCAGAAACCAUGAAGAUGAUACCAGAAGAGCCAGCUCCUACCACUCCUAUUCUCAGAGUCCACCAUAUGAAUAUCAGUAUGAAGAGCGGCGGUAUGGCAGACAGGCUGGAGCACUUACUAGGAAACCGGGUUCGGAUCGAGGCCUCUUUGAACGAAAAAUUUCUAGCUUUAUUUAUAGUCCGGGUCGAUAUGAGGAUAGGAUUGCAAAUGAGAAUUCUGGUUCUAGAAUUUCUGACUACUCUGUGUCAAGUGGAGGGGAUCCUUUCAGGUCUGAUAAUCAAUCACCAAAUUUUCAGAAGAAUGUUGGAUAUGGCAGCCCUCCAAUUCAGCCUGUGAGGGAUAUUUUAAAUGAAGAUGUACGGCGUCAAACAAUGAGGUCAUACUCAGAGACAAAUGCCAGGAGCAACGUAAAUGGAGUUCCACGGCCACAGAGAACCACCUCUUCAGGAAGCUUUGGGUCAUUUGAUAGCAACUCCAUGUCUUCAAAAUCUGUUAAUUCAGAUUUGUUUCAACAACCAGCACCAUCUUCUGCUCCGCCUAUAGAUUUAUUUGGGUCAAGCCAGACUUCUUCGGCCCCGUCUCUUGAAUUGUUUGCCAAUAUUGCACAUCAGCAGCCUGCUACAAACAUGUUGGAGCAAAAACAAUCAGGAUUCCCUGUUGCAGAAAAUGAAGGCUGGGCAACAUUUGACUCACCAUAUCAAGUAACAUCUACCCUUGGAACAAACAAUGUGGGCCGUGCUACCAUGGCUCAUUCUGAUGGGUUUCCUAUGGUGAGCUUUACUGCACUUGCAUCCACAAAUACAAGUGGGAAGUUGCAGUCAGUCCCUAGCUCUGCAGCUCAUGGCUCUGUUCCACCUGCUUCCAAUAUGUGGCAUGGGGCCGUCCAGGAUGUUCAAGCCUCCAAUAGUCUAGGAAGUACUCAGCAGUCAUGGAAUGCCUUUGAAGAUUCGGGUCAGACCCUGUCCCAGUCUUCCUUUGAGAAUCUACCACCAAGGACUGAGCCACAAGUUCAAGCCUCCACUGGUCCAAUAAGCACUCAGUCAUGGAAUGCUUUUCAAGAUUCUGCUGGUGCCAUUUCUCAAACUUCCUUUGGGAAUCCUCCACAUAGAAAUGAACCACAAGCUCAAGCCUUCAGUGGUCCAACCAGCGCUCAGGUACCAUGGAAUGCCUUUGAAGAUUCUGCUGAGAGCCUUUCUCUAGCUUCCUUUGAGAAUCUACCACAGAGGAAUGAACCACAACCUCUGGCACAUAACCCUCCUGCAACCACUGAUCAGUAUUUGAGCUUAAAAGUUCAAGAGGAAUCCUGCAACGAUGGGUUUCAAAGAACUAUCGUGGAGGAGAGAGCCCCUAUACAUAAUGUACCAGUUAAUGGUGCUGUAGCUGCAUCAGUGCUGCCUUUGGUAGGAGGACUUCCGUCACAUGGUGCUGAUAGGAAAUCUACAAAUCCAUUUGAUAUUCCCUAUGAUUCUGAUUUGGAACCUAACAGUAUGUUCUUGGACAUGAGCUCUUUGCAAGCCACACUACCCAAUCCCCAGUUGCCACCUGCCUUCCUAGGCAGCCUAAAUCAGCCAUGGUUCCCGCAGAAUCCAGUUACGCCUUAUAUUCCAGCUGCACCACAAGGGGGCUUAGUCUACAUGGCAGGUCAAGCGACAAGCUCUCAGUUGCCGAAUAUUCCUUCACAAAGCCCUGUAGCACCUCUGGGUGGCAAUCCUUUUGCCUAAGAGCAGAGGAUGGAAACUCGAUGCAUCAAAUCAUACUGAUGAGGGGUGU